AUGCUCAACUACAUUCCUACUGAUGGGGGGCCAGGGUUUGAGGGAAUCGAGAAGUGGCUCGAGGCAAUUUUGCAUGCGACUAACCCGCUAUUAAGGUGGAUCAAAUGCUUCAAAGGCAAGCACGUCAUGGUAUGUGGGCGAAAUAAGUUUUGCGGAAUGGUUGGUGCCAUCGCGGCUCUCGCGAAGAAGAAAUACAAGAUCGACGUAGGGACGAUCCGCUUUGGUCCACCUCCUGAUGAGGGAGAAGAUUUCGAAGAGGGUAGCAUCACGCAGCUUCUGACGAACGUUACGGAGAAACAGAAACAGCCACUUGACCUCAUCAUUGUGGACCACGGCAAACACGGACAGCUUCCUCAGGUCGCGCACAGCUUCUUGGAUGCCAUGAACAGUAAUCCAGAUACAAGGGCUCCAAUAUUGGUUACCGAUACGACGCCUGAGCAGUACCACAAAGAGCACAAACGGGCCGUGCUGCGAAAGGGGGCGGGCGGUUACGCUAACAGCGCGGGCGUGUUGUUUGCCGAGGUGCGCCGGCUACUCGACACCACCGCGCUGGAGCAGUCGUCCUUCGAGAAGGCGUGCAUGACGCAGUGA